AUGUCCUGGUAUGAUGUCUGGCUCUCUCAGCAACUUGAAAACCUGCCUUAUUGUCUGAGGGAAUUACGUAUUCAAGGGGAAUCGCUCCUAGCGGGACUCUGCCUGGACAAACUCUUUGACGCGAUUCGAGACUUCACGCAAAUCAAUGAAGGAGUUUCUAUCGAUGAAAUUGUGAGACAUUUGCAAAACAUUGAUAUCCUCGAUAACGCAUCGGACUUGCUGGGACCACAGAGGCUUCUUAUAUUCGCCGUUCUUGGUUGGCGCUCCAUGCUGUACCAGGCAGGUUUCAAUGUUUGCUCAAUUCAAGAACUGGCUGUUCACCAAGACUCUUCCCAACCACAGUCAGGUUUUGUGUUUGACACGUAUAAAGUCCCGGCUGAGCUUUCCGACCGCCCUUUAUCGGUGCUACUGAAAGCUUUCGGUAAUAUCCUGCCAGCCCGGUCCUCCACUGUUCCACAGGUCGCAAGUGAGACUAGCAAGCUCGCUUCGUCCUGGCUACCGCUGUACCCAGUGGAAACUAACGCAUAUAUGCUUCACACAUUAUUGCGUGUUCAUAUUAGAUGGGUAGAUGCUUUGGCGCUGCACCUUGAUUACGACAAGUCCAGUAGGACCUUAUCCCUUUUCAGUUAUCCAUCCUUCUGCCUUGAUACGCUCGCGUCCAACGGUUUAAUUUAUUCAUUCGCGAGCAUUGAACGAUACGGUAUAGACCCUCGUGCUGAUAAAGAGGACAUAUCACAAUUACUUCGAGAAGUCCUGCUAUCGUACCGUCUUCUUUUUGGUCAAUCGGCAAAGUCUCGAAGACUCUUCCGCCAAAUCUUCAAGCCUUCAGAGAAGCAUGGUUCUCUUUUCGACUCUCUGCUCCCACUGGUAUGCACCAGAAAACAAUUCCCGAUUGCUUCGACUUCGAUUGUCGGAGACCGACCCGUCUAUUUCGCAGCUCGUGACUUUCCUGUACUGUAUGAAAGAAUAGAGCUCAUAGCCAAGGAACUCAAAGAUGCCAGGCCAAAUUCAAUUGGUAAUCUCAUUCGAGAUCGGCGUGACACUCUGCAAUUUUGGACUUUCUGGCUGGUGUCAAUUGUCGGUGGGUUAAGCAUUCUGCUCAGCUUGAUACAAGUGGUAUUGCAGGGGGUACAAUUGACGCAGAACUAG